GCAGCGCAGAGGUUUAGCCGAGCAGACAGCGAAGCUACAGAGCUGAAGUAGUCCUUGGAAUUUCUUCAGCACAGAUUACUCUCUCGUUAGACAAGAUGUCAUAUUGGGAUAAUCCUGCAAAUAUGGCCAGUGGCGCCCUCCCCUCCACAAACCCCUUUGGGAAUUACACGGUGGUAGACACGGUACCUAAGGAACUCCUCCACAUGGUGGAUUCGCACUGGUACCAAUUUCCUCCGAUGAACCCACUAUGGUAUGGUUUGGUUGGCUUCUGGAUGGUCAUUAUGGGAAUCUUGUCCGUUGUAGGUAACUUCGUUGUCAUCUGGGUAUUCAUGAACACCAAAUCUCUCCGCACUCCUGCUAACUUGCUUGUUGUUAAUUUGGCUAUGUCUGACUUCUUGAUGAUGUUCUGCAUGUUCCCACCAAUGGUCAUUUCUUGCUACUGGCAGACAUGGACUCUCGGUUCAUUCUUCUGUGAAGUAUAUGCUUUCCUCGGAUCACUCUAUGGCUGUGUUUCUAUCUGGACCAUGCUUUGGAUCACCCUUGAUCGCUACAAUGUCAUUGUUAAGGGUGUUUCUGGUAAGCCUCUUUCCAGCAGCGGUGCCAUGGCAAGAAUUGCUGGUACCUGGGUCACUGCCUUUGCCUGGUGUCUUCCUCCAUUCUUUGGCUGGAACCGUUAUGUGCCUGAGGGUAACAUGACUGCCUGUGGCACUGACUACUUGACUGAAGAUAUGUUCUCACACAGCUAUCUGUACAUCUACUCUAUCUGGGUCUACAUCUUCCCCCUGUUUGCCAACAUCUACCUGUACACUUUCAUCGUUAAGGCUGUAGCCAACCAUGAAAAGCAGAUGCGUGAACAGGCCAAGAAGAUGGGUGUCAAGUCUCUCAGGAGCGAAGAAAGUCAGAAGACCUCUGCUGAAUGCCGUCUUGCUAAGGUUGCUCUCAUGACCGUGUCCCUUUGGUUCAUGGCCUGGACUCCUUACUUCAUCAUCAACUUCACUGGAAUGCUCAACAAGUCUUCUGUUACUCCCCUCUUCUCCAUCUGGGGUUCCGUCUUUGCCAAGGCCAAUGCUGUGUACAACCCAAUUGUGUACGCCAUCAGCCACCCUAAAUAUCGCGCUGCCUUGGAAAAGAAAUUGCCCUGCCUGGCCUGCAACACUGAAGGACGUGAUGACAAUGUUUCCAGCAACACAGCUCAAGUAGCAGAAAAAUCAGAGAGCGCUUAACAACCUGGAUUUUUCAAUAAUGCACUCUCACUAAAUCUCUUCCUUUUGAAUAUAACGAAAAGAAAUAAAAAUAAACCCAGCAUUAA